GAGCGCCAUCUUCUGGAGCUUGCAGGGAAAUCUCCCUCCCAUUUUACAGCUCUGGCAUGCUGUCCCUUCAGGUGCUGGCCAGGUGGCAAUUCCAACAGCGGUCACAGUCGGCAGCCCAUGCAAAUCUUAUAAGUCAUUCACUGAAUACCGCGUUCUACUCAUUGUGACAAGAUGGCGGUGGAGUUGCAAGCUGUGGUAAUGGCUGUUGGUGGUGGUUCUCGAAUGGUGGAGCUUACCACUGGUAUCCCAAAGCCCCUUCUCCCUGUGGGCAACAAACCUCUCCUAUGGUAUCCACUGAACUUGCUGGAGCGUGCUGGUUUUGAAGAAGUAAUAGUGAUAACAACCAAAGAAGUUCAGAAGUGUCUGCCAGACACCAAAAUGAAAGUGGAUGUAGUGUGUUUGCCGGAAGAUAAGGCACCUGAUAUGGGAACUGCCGACUCGCUGCGCCACAUCCACCAAAAGAUAAAGAGCGAUGUUUUGGUAAUCAGCUGUGACCUUAUAACGGAGGUGGCACUCCAUGAAGUUGUUGACUUGUUUCGCGCACACAACGCCACUCUCUCCAUGCUCAUGCAGAAAGCGCCCAAGUCCAGUGAAAACAUACCGGGUCAGAAAGGAAAGCAGAAGGCAGCGGAAGAGCGAGAUUUUAUUGGGGUAGAUGACACAGGGAAAAGGAUCCUCUUACUUGCCAAUGAGGAAGACCUUGAUGACGGGUUGGAUGUUAAGAAAUGCAUUCUGCAGAGAUAUCCUCGGGUUCACAUCCACAUGGGAAUGGUAGAUGCACAUCUGUAUUGCCUAAAGAAAUAUGUGGUGGACUUCCUGGUAUCCAAUGUUUCUAUCUCUUCCAUUCGCCGAGAGUUGGUGCCGUUUUUAGUACAAAAGCAGUUCUCAUCCCACGCAUUAUCCCCGAAGAAGUUAGAGCAUCUUGACAACAAGGAGACAAAGCCCCACGAUAUUUACAGCUUUAUAACAGAAGAUAAUUUGAUGGACACAGCAUUGAGUAUGUCUUGCUGGAAUGACCACCGCGGGGACAUGCGUGAGCCAUACCAUGGAAGCAGAUUGCGGUGCUAUGUCCACGUGGCCAAAAACGAGCUGUGCUGCCGUGUGAAUAGUCUGGCUAUGUAUAUUGAAGCAAACAGACAGGUUCCCCGACUCCUGUUCGCUGUCACCGAGGAUCCACGGGUACAUGCAUCUGCUGUCCUUACAGACAAACUAAUGGUUGGUGUUGAUAGUAUGAUUGGCGCACAGACACAGAUAGGGGAGAAGACAUCUAUAAAGCACUCUCUGUUGGGCUCCAAUUGCUCCAUCCGAGAGAGAGUGAAAAUCACAAACUGCAUUAUCAUGAACGGAGUCACCGUGCACGAAGGUUGCUCCCUCCAGGGCAGUGUGAUCUGUAACAAUGUGGUGAUAGAAAGCGCGGCUGAUAUUAAAGACUGCUUACUGGGCCCAGACCUGCGCAUCAGCAGUAAAGCAAAACGUUUGAAUGAGAUCAUUAUGGGCACGGAGCAACUGAUGGAGAUUUAACAUUGUCUGCAAAGGGGCCAGUCCUGCGCCAUGUCUCUCUCCCUCCCUGGCUUAUUUAUACGAGAAUAAACGAUGUGGAGCUUUGUA